AUGAAGAUUGCGUUUAUUUGCUUGUUGUUUGCCAAUAAGCGCAGCUGGGCAACCCUGCGACAACAUCCUGGUCAUCAGAGCCGCGCACAUUCACUGCUUCGCGCCGUAACUGGGAUAAGGUGCAUGUCGUCCGUCGAGAAACCGCGCGUGUUGGAGCGCGUCGUGGCGGCUCGGGAGCAACAGGACGGUGUCGGGGCGCGUGUACGUCGCAGCAUCGGGACGCCUAGCCUGGGACGCUUGGACCCGUUUCUGCUGUUAGAUCAUUUUCACGUGAAGCCUCCAGGAGGAUUCCCGGACCACCCGCACCGGGGUUUCCAGACGGUGACCUACAUGCUCAAGGGCAAGUUUCGCCACCGGGAUAACCGCGGCCACGAAGGCGUCAUUGAAGCCGGGGACCUGCAGUGGAUGACUGCGGGUGGAGGCAUCGUGCACAGCGAGAUGCCGGCGACACCAGAUGAAAACGAGGGUCUUCAAAUCUGGGUCAACUUGGCGGCGAAGGACAAACUCGUCCCUGCGAACUAUCAGGAGAAGCGUUCGAGCGACAUUCCCGUGUACAACGAUCCAACAGAGCAUGUCCAAGUGAAGGUUCUCGCCGGUUCUUUCAGGGGAGUUCAGUCCGAUGUGUUCACCUUGACGCCAACUGAGUUACUGGACGUAACCCUGGGCCCGAGGACCUUUUUUCAGCACAAGGUGCCGUCCUCUUGGAAUGCAUGCUUCUACGUUGUGACUGGAUCAUUGGUUGCUGGCUCGCAGCCGGUUGACGCGGGCAGCGUUGGUGUCUUUGAAAAAGACGGUGACGAUGACGGUGUCGAGGUGCAGAGCGGCGAAAAUGGUUGUCGUUUCGUCUUGUUGGCAGGACAACCGCUCCACGAGCCUGUCGUACAGUACGGACCGAUCGUGAUGAACACGCGUCAAGAGAUCAUCCAGGCUUUCGCUGACUACGAAGCUGGAAAAUUCUGA